AUGUCCAAGCCCCAGCUUCCUUUUGAGCUCAACGACCCUGAUCUCCUUCACCAAGACUCAUACGUCAACGGCGAAUGGGUGCAGGCGAAGAGCGGAAAACGCUUCGAUAUUAUCGACCCAGGCAGUGACAAGACAUGGGCCUCAUCCCCGGACAACGCAGUGGAGGAUGUCGACGCCGCGAUCCAGUCCUCCUAUAAAGCAUUCAAGGAAUACAGCAUCCUUAAUCCGCGAAAACGAGCGCAGCUGUUGAUGAAGUGGCACGACCUCAUCACUGCAGCAAGGGACGACAUUGCCAAAAUCUUGACCUAUGAAACCGGGAAGCCACUGGCCGAGGCAUAUGGUGAGCUCGACUAUUCGCUGGGCUUCACCUGGUGGUUCGCGGGCGAGGCAGAACGCAUCCAAGGCUCUGUCUCCGUGCCUUCGGCGCCCAACCGGCGGACUUUUGUAAUCAAGCAACCCAUCGGUGUUGCUGUGGCCUUGGUCCCAUGGAACUUUCCCAUUGCGAUGAUCCUGCGAAAAGCCGGUGCUGCGUUUGCGGCCGGGUGCACGAUGGUGGUCAAGCCUAGUCCCGAGACGCCACUCACCUGCUUGACACUGGCACACCUCGCAACCAAGGCCGGCUUCCCUCCUGGCGUUUUCAACGUGUUGACAACGUCGCUAGAGAACACACCUAGCUUGUCGGAAGCACUCAUUGUGCACCCGCUUGUGAAGAAAGUCACGUUUACAGGAUCCACGCGAGUCGGGAAGAUCGUCGCAGGACUCUGUGCCAAAGGCCUAAAGAAGUGCACUCUAGAACUCGGCGGGAACUGCCCAUUCAUUGUCUUCGAUGACGCAGAUCUCGAGCAGGCACUUGCCCAGUUCAUGGCCCUCAAAUGGCGCCACGCGGGUCAGGCCUGCAUCACGGCAAACCGCUUGUACGUACAGAGCGGGGUGUACGAGAAGUUCACACAGAUGCUGGUUGAGAAGACACAGGCGUUGAAGGUAGGACAUGGCGCCACCGACGGAACAACCAUGGGACCUGUGACCACUCCGCGAGGGUUGGUAAAGGCAGAAGAGCAAGCUGCAGAUGCGGUCAAGCAUGGGGCUCGGCUUGUUUUGGGCACGGGCAAAGCGCACAAGGGUGCGACCGCAGACGAGGGCUCCGGACUAGGUAAGGGUGUUGGAGGGUAUUUCAUGGACCCAACCAUUCUAGUGGACAUGACGCCGGAGAUGCUUCUAAGCAAGGAGGAGACGUUCGCGCCGGUGGCGGGGCUUUUCAAGUUCGACAAGGAAGAGGAGGCGGUCAAAUGGGCUAAUGACACCAGCAUGGGCCUGGCGAGUUACGCCUUUACCAAGAACGUCGAUCGCAUGUGGAGGAUGUUGGAGAACCUCGAGGCUGGCAUGAUUGGCUUGAACACGGGCAAUUCCUCUGCGGCGGAGUCCCCAUUCGGAGGCAUCAAGGAGAGCGGCUAUGGCAAGGAAUCUGGCAAGGAUGUUGCUGUCAACGAGUAUCUCAUCUCUAAGACCGGUACAUUCACGAUCGCGGGACAAUAUUGA